CACAUCUACAUAUUUCCCGUUUCUCUUCAUUAUUCAUAUUGAUUUCAAUGCCAUAAGUGUUAAAAUUUUUCAUCUUUCUCCUGUUGUGCAGUAAAAAUAAAUUUAAAACGAUGGCCGUUGCAAAUAUAUUAAAAGCAUCGCUCGUUGUCAGUUGUGUUGUAUUAAUUUUAUUUUUUAUUAUGUCAUUCACCCAGUUUACCAGAGACCAAGAAAGGUUUGAAAAAUUCAUUAAAAAGUACAAUAAGAGUUACGUGAAUGGGACAGAACAUAGUAUUAGAUUCAAACAGUUCAAGGAAUCUUUGAAAACUAUUAAACUUUUGAGACAGAGUUGUAAUGGAUGUACCAACUAUGGAAUUACGGAAUUCUCAGAUUUAUCUCCAGAUGAAUUUACUAAAAUAUACCUCAAUUCAAACACUUUAAGGAUACCACAAACGGGAACUUUUAGUAUGACAAGAUCUAGGAGAUCUAUUACAACAGCAACCUUGCCAAGCAUUGACUGGAGAGAAAAAAAAGUGGUGACUCCUGUUCGAAAUCAAAAAAAUUGUGGAGCGUGUUGGGCAAUUAGCGUAAUAGAAUUGAUUGAAUCUGUUUAUGCUAUUAAAACAGGAUCGUUACAAACAUUUAGUGUACAAGAAAUGUUAGAUUGUUCGGGAGGAAUCAAUCAAGGAUGUAUUGGUGGAAGUUCUGUAUUUUUACUCUUAUGGUUAGUGGAAAAUAACAUAACUAUAUUUAAAGAAGAAAAUUAUCCAACUGUAUACAAAAAUCAGAUAUGUACAUUUAAUAAAACUUUUGAUAAAGGAAUCAAAGUAAAAUCAUUUUUAACACUUAACUUGAUGGAUCGUGAAGAUCUAUUAUUAUCCUAUUUAUCAAAAAGCCCAGUUUCUGUAGCUCUUAAUGCAUUGCCGUGGCAGUUUUACGUGGGAGGUGUACUUAGUCAAUGUGAUAAUAGUAUGACCUCGUUAAAUCAUGCAGCACAAAUAGUUGGGUACAAGCUUGGAGAAAAUCCAUAUUAUAUUUUGAAAAAUUCUUGGGGAACUAAUUUUGGCAAUGAUGGAUAUAUAUACGUAGCUAUUGGAAACAAUGAAUGCGGAAUUGGAUGGGAAGUUGAUGUGGUUACAAACGUUGUGUAGCGUAAAACUGCUGUAAUAAUGCUGUAAUACCAAUUGUUACACAGAUUACUAAUGCGUGACAAAGUAUUUUAUUAUAAUUUUCUAAAAUAAUUUAUCUAAUUAAAAUAAGUAUCCGUUGAAUACAUCAUGGUCUACUAAAUAUAUAUUAUACUGGAUAAU